GUGUUUAUUUUCUUUUUUAAAAUCCCAUCGCUCUUUGUUACAAAUGCUGUUCAGUUUUUAAUUGUACUGUGAUUAUUCGAUGUGAAACUGUUGAAUUAUGAAGUGAGGACCAUGUAUGUAUAGAAAAAACCUAUAGGCGUGUAUUCUUCGUCCUCGUGAGCACUGAAGCCUUUGUCUACUACAUCGUGUAAAAGUUUGUAAAAUGGAGUUGAAGCCUCCGGAUUCUUUCCCAUUCCCGUUCACGGCUUAUUCAAUUCAACAUGAUUUCAUGACGAAUUUGUAUGAAGCGUUAGAAUCUGGGAGACUGGGAAUAUUUGAAAGUCCUACAGGCACUGGCAAAUCAUUGAGUCUGAUUUGUGGUGCCCUGCGAUGGCUGUUGGACCACGAGACAAGGUGCCAGGCAGACCUUGAAGCUCAGGUGGCAGCCCUGACUUUACAACUGGAAGAACUAGAGGCAGAAAAUGCAGUUGACUGGUUGGGUCAGCAGGCUCAAGGAGUGGAACUGAGAAACAAAUUAAACACGAUUGCACGGCAACUCAGUUCUAUUCACAAGAGAGAGGAGAAGUUGCUCAGCCUAAGGAACAAUGUCAAAAAGGAGGCUAAGAAUACUGAUAAGAAAUCUUCCCAAAGAUCUGAAGAGUCUCCAUCAGUUCCUGCAAUGAGAGAUUUAGUUACUGAUGAAGAUGAAAUUUUGUUAGAAGAAUAUGAGGAAAGUAAUUGUGAAGAUGGCACCAUUGACGCCACUGAGGAUGAAGAAGAUGAAGAGAACCAGCUGGAUGAGCCAAAGCCAACCCAAAUUUAUUUCUGCAGCCGAACCCAUUCUCAGCUGGCGCAAGUGGUGGGUGAAAUACGGCGUAGCCCCUAUGGGGCUGAUAUCCGUGCUGUUCCCCUUGCAUCCCGUUCUAAUUGCUGUAUCAAUGAGAGUGUUCGCCGUCUUGGUAACAAUACUCUAAUAAAUGAAAGGUGUCUCGAGCUCCAGAGCAAGACCAAAUCCAAACCCAUAGAUAAAGAGAACGCACCUAAGCGACAGAAGACUGUAGGUGGGGGCAGCUGUCCAUUCCGGCAGCGUGAGAGAGUGCAACAGCUGAGGGAUACAGCUCUGUCAUCUGUCCAUGAUGUUGAGGAGCUCGUGACUGCUGGGAAAAUGCUGAAAGCAUGCCCGUACUAUGCUGCCAGGGAUGCAGUCCCUCUUGCUCAAGUUGUCCUUAUCCCCUACAAUACUCUACUGCACAAGUCAACACGUGAAGCAAGUGGAAUACGACUGAAAGACAGCAUUGUGAUAAUUGAUGAAGCGCACAAUCUAUUGGAGAGUGUUAACAGCAUUCAUAGCUGUGAAGUUACGGGACACCAGCUGAGCUUUGCCCAUAGUCAGCUUUCUCAAUACAGGCAGCGAUUCCUACGGCAGUUCAGUCCUGUUAAUUUGCUACGCCUCGAACAGCUUAUUUUUGUAAUUAGCAAGCUUCUACGUCUGCUUG